AUGAUUGCUCUUGUCCUGUGCCUGCUAUCAAAUUCUCUCCUCUUACAUCGUGUAUGCACUAAGAUCACAAAUAUGGAUUCAAACGAACAGGAAGAGGAUAUUAAAGAAGGGGCAGUCUAUACCGACGGAAAAGAACAUCAAGGUGGUACUCAGCAGAGCGAUAUACGGGUACUAGCGAUAAUAUUGAGUUGCGGUGACUGCACUGCUAUAGCGAGGCCAGACUGUUGGAACGGAAACUAUUUCCGAAGCGACAGAAGGCGCCUGCACGUUGCUCAAAUUGGCUAUCAGGCCGGUUUUAGCAGGCCAAUCCGCUUUUUUGACUGGGAUACGCUAGCGGGGAAAUACGGCAACGUGCGGAAUAACAUGGCUGGGGAUCCAGAGCAGGAAGCGCAGACUGCAGGUCAGGGAGCAGAGACUUCGGCACCCUCCAAUCAGCCACCAACGACCGAAAAUCCACCACAAGUCGAACCACAAGUUGAUCAGGAUGCUUCCCAGGACCUAGACUCGGCUUACGACACAUUCGAGCACGGGCGUCGUUAUCACGCAUACCAUGAUGGGGCGUACUUGGCGCCAAAUGAUGAACAAGAGCAGGACCGAAUGGACCUGGUGCAUCACGUAUACUAUCUUCUAAUGGGGGGAAAACUCCAUUUGGCACCUAUCAGUCCAAAUCCUCAGCGAGUGCUCGACCUUGGCACUGGAACUGGCAUGUGGGCGAUUGAUUUUGCCGAGCUCCCACCGAACUGUAUCUUUGAAAUAGAUGACUUCGAGGAGGAAUGGGUGUAUACCACUCCUUUUGAUUUCAUACACGGCCGGGAACUGGAGGGGUGUAUAGCUGAUGACGAGCGCUUGUUCCGUCAAGCCUUCAAGCAUCUAAGGUCGGGUGGUUAUAUCGAGCUGCAGUGUGCAGCUCCUUACUUUCUCUCCCACGACAAUACCGCUGAAAAGGCAAAAUACUGUCAGAUGUGGGUGAAGGGCCUUCGUGACGGGGGUAUCAAAUUCGGUAAACCAUUCCACAAUGUCCCCGAAUGGAAAGACAAAUUGAAAAAGGCGGGAUUUGUGGACGUACAAGAGACAAUCCUCGAGAACGCAAUUGGCAAAUGGCCUGAUGAUCCAGAGCGCAAGCAAGCCGGGGAGUUGCAAGAGUACCAGCAGAUCCAAGCGAUCGAGUCGUAUACGCCUGCCAUGUUUUCACGCGUUCUUGGAUGGAGUCAAGAGGAAAUCGCGGUCCUGAUGGCAAAUGCAAAGAAAGAAGUAAAGAAUCCCGACCUUCAUAUGUACAUCCCAAUCCAUGUCGUAUAUGGACGGAAACCUUAG